GGCCUAUUUUGUGAAAUCUUUCAAAAUCUUCUCAUCCAUAACCAUUGGGCAUAGGGCUAUCAAAUUUGGUAUGUAGAGACAUCUAAUAGUCCUCUACCAAAUUUGUUCAAAUUAUGCCCCUGGUGUCAAAUUUGAAACUGCCCGGGGGUCACAAAAUUUAACAUAUGCUUAUAUAGGAUCUAUUUUGUGAAAACUUUACAAAUCUUUUUGUCCAUAACCAUUGGGCCUAGGGCUACCAAAUGUGGUAUGUAGUGACAUCUUAUAGUCCUCUACCAAGUUUGCUCAAAUUAUGUCCCUGGGGUCAAGUUUGACCCUGCCCCGAGGGUCACAAAAUUGAACAUAUGUUUAUAUGAGGCCUAUUUUGUGAAAACUUAAAAAAUCUACUUGUCCAUAACUGUAUGGCAUAGUGCUACCAAAUUUGGUAUGUAUUGACAUGUAUUAUCUUUUCUUAGUUUGUUCAAAUUAUGCCCCUGGGGUCAAAUUUGAAACUGCCCCGGGGGUCACAAAACUUAACAUAUGCCUAUAAAUGGCUAAUUGAGGGUAAACUUUAAAAAUCAUUCUUGUCCAUAACCAUUGGGCCUAGGGCUACCAAAUUUGGUAUGAAGUGACAUCUUAUAGUCCUCUACCAAGUUUGUUCAAAUUAUGCCCUUUGGGUCAAAUUUGACCCUGACCCGCAGGUCACAAAAUUGAACAUUAUAUACACUUCUUUCUUGCUUAUUUUGUGAAAACUUUAAAAAUAUUCUUGUCCUUAACUCUAGGAUCUAGGGCUACCACAUUUUGUAUGUAGUGAGAUAUAGUAGUUCUCUAUGUGUCCAAUAAUUAUGUUGAUGAAGGUGGCAGUGGUAAUGACUUGAUAUGUCUGUGAGAUAUGAAUGCCAAAGUCUUCGUUUUACAUAACAUGAAUUUUUAUGUAAAAGUGGUGGUUCUUCAUAAAUUCUACAUGUUCUUUGCAAAUGAUGACCUCUACAAAGUUGUUCCAGGAGUACCAUAUUGCCUGACAAUCUUUUGUUUUAUUGUUAGCUUAAACUGUACUUGAUUCUAGCAUGCCACUAUACUUCUUUGAAGUAAUUUGAGCAAAUUUCUCACUGUUUAGUACUGUAUACAUUGUUUAAGGUACAUUAUAAUUUCACAUUUUGUAGGUGGACUUCAAUAUGUAUGAUCUACUUAUGCUGCCGCAAUGUAAAGGCAACAAUCACUGGGUUUUGCUGGUUGCAAGUGUUAUGUCCAGGACUGUAACCAUUUACGACUCGUUGGGUGGUAACAACAAGGCCUUGUUCGAUUUGUUCUGCAAGUUCAUGUGUCAACGAGCGCAAAUUGUGAAAGAUGGCUUGGAAAAAAUCAGUUCAGAGUUCAAAGCGCCACCUUGCAACAAACAGCGCCAUGGAAAUAGCUGUGGAGUGUUUGCAUUGAUGACUGCCAAAUGUUUGGUCAUGAAAAAGCAUCCCACAAUGUUGUGACAGGCCCAUGAUUCAGUUUUUCGAGACUAGUCGUGAGACGCAGACUUCUGAUUCAUGGAGUGCGGCAAACAUAUCUGUGCGACUCGAUCACUUUACUGUAAAGACCCGCACGGCAUUAAAAUGGAUAUUAUCAAUAUGUGUUGUUGCUCGAAAAUAUGUUUUUGUAGCAGGAAGUGCUUUGGGCUCGAUUAAUCUGAGAACUCAACAAAAUAUUAUUAAAAUCCUUCUGUGCCUUUUAGUUUUGAAAACAGAAGUAGCCAGUUGGUAUUACACAUCUCCUAAACAAGUACAGCACGAUAAAACUUAAGAUUUUAUAAUCCUUAAUUUUUAUAACGUCUUUAUAUCCACACAAAAAUAUUGAUGAUUGUGGUGCUCAGAUUGCAAAACCACUUGUUUGGCAAAAAUAAUGCAGAUGGUUAGAUUAUGAUAAGUGCAAGAAAAAAAGAAUAACUCUGGAGAUAAUAAUUGAUACGAUAAUCAUUGCUUGACAGAAUCACAAUUGACCUAGAUAUUUAUUUAUGUAGUGUUGUAUUUUUCAAUGAGUGCCAUAAGAUUCCAAAAACAUAUUGACUUAAAAUAAAUAAUCCCGAUGGCGUAAA